AUGCAGAGCUUUCAAGUUAUUGAAGAAACACCGCAGUACUGUGUUGAAACGUUUGGACCAUCGCUUCCUGUCCUAAUAACAGAAGUACUUUUACAAGCUGAUCGUUCUGCAAAUAUCAGUGUAAAGCUAGAUAAUUCAGGAUGGGCAUGUCUUGUUUGCGAUAGACGUCUUUUCAUCUGGAGAUACAAGCAGACACAGGCAGCUAGGAUUGGCAUGUGUUAUCAACUGGCACUUCCAGCUACAGAGCUAUGUCACCGAGCAGACCUCACAUGCCUGAUUCCCACAGGGGGAGGCAGCAGUGGGGCCAACAGUCAGAUGGUCUCUGUCCUUGCUGUAUCUCCAGAGGGAGUUGUUCGCUACUGGCCUACAGCCCACAGAGAGAUUGCUUACUCAGAGCGAAGUUUAGAGCUUGCUGGCCAAGAGUGCUUUUCCCUGACUGCGUUUGGGAAACACCAGUGUAUAUUGGCAACUACUACAAAUCAAUUGAUGAUGAUCUCUGUGUCACCUUCAACCAUGCAGUCUCAAGUUGAAGUCCAUACAUUGAAAUCCAGUCAGGGAAUGAUAGCGAGGGUAUCUUCAUUUCUCUUCGGAGCUCAGAAAGAUGAAACAUCUGGUCUUAGACGGGUUCUUGCUGGUUCUGCAGAGGCUUCGGGAUACCCUCUUUACAUCCUCCAAGACUCGGUCCUUCAGAAGUGGUUUAUAUCAGGACCUGGUCAGGAACAGGUUGUGUAUGAAAAGCAGUUAGAUGGACUUUUCAAGCAACAGUUUCAAAGAGAAAUGGGUUCAUCUUCCAUGGAAAGCAUCAAAGUGUGGCUGCUUGAUAUUCAGCUUAUCUCAAACAUUGCUGUCAUUCUAGCAGGAGCAGUAAACACAUCAUCCCCAAACCAAAAGGUUAAGAUUGCUAUUGCUACCCUGAAGGUUCAAGUCAACACAGACACACCAACAAAACUUGAAAGCUUUGUUAUGGUAUCAACACCUCAACAGGAUUCACAUGAUGAGAAUGCCCUUGAAAAACAUCUCUUGCUUGCUAACCACGGAGGCUCACAUUGUUACAUCUACUCACAGCACUCUGUAAUAUGCUGCUCAGGUUUAUUUGAUCAGGUGCCAUCAUUUCAAGAGGUUGGCUUCUCUAAAGCAGUUGAUUCCAUCAGAGGUGCAGGAUGUUCUGAUGGCCAGGCUAUUUUCUUCUCCAAUAACCAUGGUGUUGUCACAAUCAAUAUAUCUCAUUCAGAAUUGCCCAGCUUUGAUAUGGAUGACAGCAGGGCUGGACAAACAUCAAGAUUAGAGCUAUCAAUGCAACAGCAGUCGAUGCAGCAGACAUCCUUCUCCACACCUUUCACGAGAACUCGACCUCUUCAGGUCAUGUCAGCAUCGAGGUCACGACCAGACACGCCAAUCCUGGAGACAACGAGAGACCAGGAGGAGGACAAGACAAAUGGACUCAAGAUGGCAUUCCUCUACUCAUGCCAACAUGACAUGAAUAAAGCAGAGAACAUGGUCCAGGACCUGUUUCUCCAAGAUACGUUUGAGAGGGGGAAGACCAACUCCUCUUUAGACCUUGCAGUGGCCAAGCUGAGUCAGGAACUCAUUGAUGACUUCCCAGCUUCAGAUCCUAGAUGGGCAGAGUCUCUUCCUCAAGAAUCUGUAGCAUCCAGCGGUUCCCUGAUCCUCCUCUAUCAGCUGGAAGAUAAGAUGAAGGCCCAUGAUCAUCUCAUCAAAUUCAUCAAGGAUGUCGGCAUCUGGGAUAUGCUUCAUUCAGUGAUAGUGAGGGACCUCCCACAGACCACACACAAUCUUCUCAAUGAGCAUGCUGAGAAGCUCUCUGCUGCUAGGGCACUGUGUAACAAACAUAUCAAAUACCAAGGGUUGAUAGACACAGCUAUAUCCCGUGCAUUGAAGAAAAGGAAGCAAGAUGCUGUCCCUUCCGGUCUUACUCCAAGGGAUGUCUUCUAUCGAGAGGUCUCUAAGAUUGAAGACAUUGUGGAAGCUUUGAUGGAGGAAGAGCAAGAUCUUCUAUCAAGUGGACUUACUCCCCAGGACACAGUCAGUCUUAUAUCCAGCAUCAAUUCUAUCAUUCAGAGCAUCCUUCAAGAAGGUUCUAUCCCAUGGAUUGCCUCCUCUGGGCCAAGGGGAAUACGUAUGUUGCUUGUACAACAGCAUAACUUGACAGUUGGAAGGGCCAUUGCCAAUGCUGAGGAUGCCCAGUCUCGCUCCAGCCUUUUCCAGCAGCUUCAAGGCAUCACAGACCUCUUGCUGAAUGGCUACAUCGCUCAGUUGGAAUCUUCCAAUCAGGCUGAGGGGGAGGACAGCCUGUUGUUUGCUGAGUUGGAGCAGAGAUAUACCCAGGAGAGAACUGCCCUUAUCUCCCCUUUCUUGGAGCAUAGUCAGUUUGAGAGAGCAGCUGUGCUUGCAGAGAAGUACUGUGAUUUUGCCAUCCUUGUUGAGCUUUGUGAAUCUGAAACAGGACGCAAGGAUAGGUUACAAUACUACAUGGAUAAAUUCUCAAACAAGGGCUUCUCUGAUUUUGUGUUCAAGUAUUACAUUGAUAGAGGUCAACGUGGGAAACUGCUGACCCAUUUUGCUCAUCGUCCUGAGCUGAGUGAAUUCUUACAGCCUCAUGACCAUCUUGGAUGGCUUCAAGAUAUCCACACCAGUAACUAUUCACAGGCACAAGAUACAUUGAGAAAACUAGCAUCUCGAGAGUCUUUCUCAGUCUCUAAGAAAAAAACACUGCUGAGUUUAGGCAAGCUUGCUGCUCUAGCAUCUGACAAUGAUCAUCAGAGAGAGAUUAAUGAAAUCAAUGCAGAUUUGGACGUCAUCACACAUCAUGAACAACUUCCUAGAGAUCUUAUUCAGAAAUUGAAUUUAAAUGAAGUCGAUCUGCCUUGCAUGACUCCACAGCAACUAAUUGAGCUUUACAUCAGUGAGAAGAACAUAAACUCCAAUGAAUAUGACUUCAAGAAAGCUCUGGAUCUGCUUCAAUAUCUCCACAAGGAUGGAUCUCAGUACUCUGACCUGAGGUUAAGGAUAUGGUGCAGAGCCAUACUGCGAGAUGAAUGGAAUGAGAUGCAAGGUGUAGAUCCAUGGGAUUACUUCAAAGAUUCUAUCUUCUUUAAGACAGCUGCCAAGGCACGGCAGGAAGGUCUUAACCUGAUGGAAUGCCUUCCUGACCCUGACGCACUGCUACAGCACUAUGAGCUGGAUAGAAUGAGAGACAAUGCACAGUUCCAGUAUCUCCUAAGGACAGGGUUUGAACAGAUCGGAAGGAGCCUUGCCGCAGCCGAGUAAACAAUUAUUUUUGAAAGUCUAGCAUAUUUUUACUCAAGAUAUCGGGAGAAUCACUAUCUAUAAAAUUGGCUGUUGAAUGGAGGCCCAUUGUAGAGGGAUCACUUUUUUCUCUCAUUAAAGAAAAAGUUGCAUGAUUCAAUCAUAUCAUAGAUGCAAGAUGAAUAUGGAAAAUGUUCUGCUCCUCGGAUAAGAUGUUAAACUCUGGAGACUAAUAUGUUUCCAUGGAGGAUAGCUUAUAUUUUGCUGAUACAUUUCUUUGUUAAAAAACAAGAAUUGAACUGCCUGUAAUAAAGCUCCAUUUGUGGGGCUCAACUUUCCCAGCAUAAACAUAUUUUGGCUUGUUUCAGUCAUUGUCAGCCAGAGAAUGUUAGGUUAUAAGGAUCAACACAGGGCAUUACAUUGUGUUUGCUGAUUGAAAAAUCGCAUACCAUUCUUUACAACAACCCUUUGUUGGUAAAAGACUGAAUGACGUUGAAAUUAAGUUUCAAUGUAGAGUAAAGUCGUCACCUCCAUGUUAAAGAUAUCUUUGUUAAUCAGGUUAGAUGUACAUUCAUGCCUUAACCAUAAACAUGACGGAUCAUUUAGACCCAUGGUUAAACCAAGCAGGAGUUAGGGUAGGGUCAUUUGGAUCCAUCUCCCAGCCAAGGGGUUAGAGCAUCUAACAACAUUAUUAUAAUUGUUAUUUAUUCGGCAUUUCAAAAUACAUAAAUUAUACAGUACAAAUUACAUAAACAAUGGGAUAUACGUGACAUAAUACCAAGGACCUGGGAUAAAGAUGAAGCCAACAUCUAAAGGAUGUUGACCAUGUGUCUGCAACGAUAAUGGCUUUUUUUUAAAAUUUGUUUAGGAAAAUUGUGACCAGCCAGUAUAGUUUACUUAAGAAGAUAAUCUGCACUGAGACUAGAACAUAAAUACAGGUCCAGUAGAAGAAAGUCAUUAUGGUCGCAAUUCUCUUGUUGAUAUAUUUGUAAUUUUGUGUUGAUUGUGUCGUUUUAUUCUCAAUAAAUACCUAAUUAUCAAAAGUCAUUAAGAACCUAUAAAAAACAUUAAUUACUAUUUUCAUACAAUUAACAUAAACAUUUUCCAUGAGUUAUUUCUAAUCCAUUCACAAAGAUAACAAUUUUCAUGGUCCAAAUAUUUUUUACCUUUUAUUUUCAAUUUAUUUCAAUCUUUACCAUUUUUUGUAUAAAGUUAUUCCUGAAGUAUGGAAUUGGCUGGAAUCCUCAUAAAGAUUUUUUUCCAUAUGAAAGUUAUAUCUAUCGAUAAUUAUAUCUAUAAGAUAGAUAUUGGAAGUGCCUUAUGGAAAAAUCAUAGAUUUACAUGAGGACAUUUAAUCCAAUUCAACAGUGAAUUUCAAAUAUUCAAGACGAAAUCAAUCAGUGAAAACUUCUGUAAUGGUCAUAUCUUUUAUGAUAAUCAUCCAAUGUAAUUCACAUUAAAUCUUUAGAUUAACUUUUUUACAGUGCUUGAUCACAGAGAUAAUAAUUUACUGUAAGAACAGAUUUAUUCAAAGGCCAGGCUUUGUUAUUGAUUUUGUAUUGUGUUGAAAGAAGAAAUGUUGUUGUCUAAACAUGUGUGCAAAAACUUGUUUGUAAAUAUGUCCUGAGAAUGACAUUAAAAUAUCAUUUUGUACAAUA